UUUGAUAUCACGUCGCUUCGAUGCUUAACCCGUCGUUUUGUUUUCGAAGCAGUUCCUUCCUGGUCGUAGCGGGAGAUAAAUCAGAACUCUUUCUCCGUCGUCGUUUUGCUAAAAAUUUAUCCCAGUCUCCCUUUUCAGUUGCUUACGUUGGUGGUGGUGGUGGUGGUGGUGGUGGUGGGAAGCAGUGAAUGGAUACGAAUCCCGGACCCAUUGAUGGUAGUGUACUGUAUGAUCAAGACAAGCAUGUCUCCUCUGCAGUUUGGGAUGGCCAGGAGCGUGGUGCGCUAAGAUGCCAUGAACACACCUCGAAGCUGGGUGAAUGGAAGCUAACUCCUAAACAAAUUGAGUUGGUGGAGAAAGCUGGAUUUGGUUACUUGAGAAAGAUUCCGGCUAUUAGUCUUGACAAUCCUCUAAUCUCAGCUCUUGUUGAGAGGUGGAGGAGAGAGACCAACACGUUUCACUUCACUGUUGGUGAAAUGACUGUUACUCUCCAAGAUGUUGCAUUGUUGCUCGGACUUGCGAUUGAUGGGAAGCCUGUUAUUGGAAUAACACACACUACUUGUGCCUCGGUUUGUGAAGGGCUUCUAGGGAAAGCACCAGACUCUAGCUACGCGAGUGGCGGGAUGGUGAAGUUAAGUUGGUUGAAGGAGUUCUUUUCUCAUUGUUCUGAAGAUGCACCUAUUGAAGAAGUUGAGCAUUGCACUCGUGCUUAUCUUCUGUACCUUGUGGGCAGUACAAUAUUUUCCACUACCACUGGGAAUAAGGUUCCAGUAAUGUACCUUCCUUUGUUUGCAUAUUUUGAAGAAGCUGGGGAGUAUGCCUGGGGAGCAGCAGCAUUAGCUUUCUUGUAUAGAGCACUCGGCAAUGCAUGUGUUAAAUCUCAAAGUACCAUUUGUGGUUGCUUAACAUUACUGCAGUGUUGGAGCUACUUUCACCUGAAUGUGGGCCGACCAAAGCUUAAUCGGGACCCCAUCCACGAUCAUUUUCCAUUUGUACUUAGAUGGAAGGGAAAACAAAGCGGGCCAACAACAAACCGUGAUGUUGUUUUCUACCGCAAGGCACUGGACUCAUUGAAAACAACUGAUGUGGAGUGGCUUCCUUACAAAAUUAUGGACAGUACUGUAAUACCAAAAGAUAUAAAAAAUACUUUGAUUUUAGGGAGAUCAAAGACAAUGCUCAUAUGCUUCGACAAGGCAGAAAGACACCUUCCUGAUCGUUGCCUAAGGCAAUAUGGCAUGCUUCAACCAAUCCCAGAUGAUGUGGAGCGGUGGCUGAGAAAGAGUCGGGGAGUUGAUGGCGGGGUCGACUUGUCUGGGAAAAUGGAGUCGGAGCUUAAUGAAUGGAUGGAUCGUCAACUCCAUAUUGUGGAUGGGGAUGAUGGUGUAGAUGAAAGCGACUACAUGCAAUGGUACUGGAAAAUUACUCGUAAAGUUGUUGGAAGGCCAAUCUCUCUCUCAUCUGAGUUCCAAAGGACGAUCUCUGGUCUAAGGGAAAUUGCUUAUUUAGCGGAUUCAUUCUCAACAAAAGGGUUGGAUGGACAGCAAUUUGAGUCAAUUUCAAGGAUCAGGUUUAUUGCGCAGGACUGUUUGAGGGACCAAAUUGAAUGUCCAGCCACACCUUCAGUCCCCCCACAAAUUGAACUAGGAAAAAGGUCAAGGGGGAAGGAGAGGAUAAGAAGGAAAGGUAUUGGGAAACGCAGGAGAAAGGGUGAUCUAAUGGAAUAUCAGGAAGCAAGUGAGGAUGACCAGCCUCAGUUUUAUGGUACAAUUAUCGAGGCUGAUCAGUUGCACUUGCAUCAGGCAGAUGGCGAGGUUGGUCAGUUGCUGUUAUGCCAGGCAACUGAUAAUAACUUUGAUCCUCAACAGCUGUCUCAUGCAGCUGGCGAGGGUGACAGUGAAGAGCUGCCAAAUGUGGUUAAUCAGGAAGAUGGUGCAAAGCUUAGCAAUGCUACAAAGGACAUCAUUGACUCUCAAUCUUGUAGAGACUCUGACAGUGUGAAUGACUCUCAGCCUUGUCAUGCAACUAUUGAGGUCAACGACAGAAAAAUAUAUGGUGAGGCAAGUAAAGUGUUUGAUGAUUCCCAGUCCUGUGAGCCAACAAAUAAGAUGAAUGACUCGCAAACUUGUCAGGCAACAAUAAGUGAUCAUGAUUCUCAGCUUCCUGAUGCAUCAUCGGACAAGGUCAAUGACUCAGGACUCUUUGAUGCAACAAUUAAUGAGGUUCAGCCCAAUGGUGCUAUUGAUGAAAUCAACGAUCUGCAUAUUUCUGAUGCAACAAAUGCGGUCAACGAUUUGCAGCUUCCUGACACGAAUGAAAGGCUCAAAGCCUCGCAGCUUCCUUAUACAACCCAAGAGGAAAAUGAUUUGCUCCCCCCAGACGCAACUGCAGAGAUCAAUGACUUGCAGCUUCCAGAUGCAAUUAAAGAAGCCAAUGACUUGCUGCUCCCUGAUACAAUUGAAGAGGCAAAAGACUUGCAGCUUCCUGAUACAAAAGAUGAGGCCAGUGAUUCAACUCUCUUGGAUGCUGCUGACAAGAUUGAUCAACCAAAAGCCAAAGCUACAAUAGAGGAUGUUCCAAUAUCUCUUGAUACUGUUGAGGAUGCUGCAAAGCAGGGUGAUAACAGUGUUGGAGCAUGAAAAGAAGGCCUUGCCAUGAUAAUUCUUCUGUAGAUUAAUAAGCAGUAAAAUGUUCAUUUUAUUCCGGCAGCAGCUCAAGAGCAACACUAUAAGUGUCUGAAAACGGGGGACAACCAGUAGUUGUAGAAGAAUACUUGCACCAUUAUCGUUUGAAGACUCUAAUAUUCAUGAUACCAUGUAGCUUAUAGAAUUAGGUCAUUAAUAUAGGGAUGUUGAAAGUUAUUUUCCAAUUGAGAAAUUCACAUUAUAUUUUGAA